AUGAAAAUGGCGACUCAUGGUACCUCUGUGGCCGAUGUCACCGCCAUCGGACCUGAAUCUGAGACUAUUCGGGCAUGGCGUGACAGGUGUGAAAUUGACCCAAGUUCUCAAAUCCGCUUGGUCAAGUUGGCACACAUGCGAUAUCAACAUCCUGAUUUGCAGGAGAUCACAACUUUCCUUCAGGACUUUGGGAUGUUUGUAGCCAAGCAGACCGAUGAUGAGGUUUGGUAUCGAGGAUACGGUGUGGACCAAUAUGUGUACUAUGCCAAGAAGGGACCGAAGAAGUUCCUUGGCGGCGCAUUCGAGGUUGAAUCGUAUCAAGAUCUCGAAAGAGCGACUCAACUGUCCACCGCAGGAAAGAUCGAGGAACUGUCGAAUGCUCCAGGUGGAGGCUACUUGGUGACAUUAACGGACCCCGAGGGGUUUGCUGUCAACCUGAUCUACGCUCAAACACCAGCAGCUUCUGGGCCUUACCCUGAGAUUCUUGAAAUCAACUAUGAGACCGAGAAGCCCCGCGUCCGUCGAUUCCAGAGGUUUCAACCGGGACCCGCUGCAGUGCACAAGCUCGGUCAUUACGGCUUGUGCACAACAGGAUUCGAUUCUCUCGUCAAGUUCUAUACGACCAAUUUCAACAUCGUUCCAACAGACUUCCUAUAUGUGGAUGCCGAAGGAGAGAAAAAGAAUGUGGCCGUUUUUGCUCACAUCGACAGAGGAAGCGACCAUGUUGACCACCAUUCCUUUUUCAUGAGCUCCAACCCAACCAGCCACGUGCACCAUUGCUCUUUUGAGGUUCACGACUUCGAUACCCAGAAACUCGGUCAUCAAUGGCUAGCCAAGAAAGAUUACAAGUCCGUCUGGGGCGUUGGCCGGCAUAUCCUUGGGUCGCAGAUUUUCGAUUAUUGGUGGGAUACCACAGGGAAUAUGAUUGAGCAUUACGCAGACGGGGAUUUGGUCAAUGAUCAGACUCCUAUUGGAUAUGGACCAGCGGGCCAUGAGUCUUUGGCUGUCUGGGGGCCCGAGGUCCCCUCGUGGUUCUUGCAGUGA